AUGAGAAUGGCUAUCGCAUCUCUGGAAAGGGAUGACCAUGGCAAUCCGAGAUUCCGGGGUUGUACCAGCAUCCGCGAUUUUGAGUUCUUGGGCAAGCUGGGAGAAGGUACCUUUGGGGAGGUCUACAAGGCACGUUCGAAGAAAGAUGGGUCUAUAGUUGCACUAAAGAAGAUUCUCAUGCACAAUGAGAAGGAUGGUUUUCCUAUCACGGCCCUUCGUGAAAUUAAACUGCUGAAGAUGUUAUCGCACCGCAACAUCCUCCAGUUAAAGGAGAUGGCUGUAGAACGAAGCAAAGGGGAUGGACGCAAAAAACCAAGCAUGUACAUGGUGACUCCUUAUAUGGAGCAUGAUCUUUCGGGGCUGUUGGAGAACCCGGCAGUGAAUUUCACUGAACCUCAAAUAAAAUGCUAUAUGCUUCAGCUUCUUGAAGGACUUAAAUACCUACACGGUAACCGCAUUCUACAUCGCGACAUGAAAGCUGCCAACUUGUUGAUAAGCAACAACGGCGUACUUCAGAUUGCGGAUUUCGGCUUAGCUCGGCCAUAUGAUGAGCCUCCGCCUGAGCCCGGAAAGGGUGGAGGGGAAGCUAAAAGAGACUAUACCACAUUAGUUGUUACACGGUGGUACCGGCCCCCGGAACUUCUCCUUCAACUUCGACGUUAUACAACAGCUAUCGAUAUGUGGGGUGUUGGGUGCGUUUUCGGCGAAAUGUUCAAGGGGAAACCGAUUCUUGCUGGAAGCAGCGAUCUCAACCAAGCCCAGCUGAUAUUCAAUCUUGUUGGAACACCAACUGAAGAAAACAUGCCCGGUUGGAGUUCUCUACCUGGCUGCGAGGGGGUGAAAAGCUUUGGGUAUAAACCAGGCAGUCUACGUGAGGUAUUCAAAGAGUAA